AUGCGGCAGGCUGGGCAUCCGAGCGGAGCCGACGCUCCAGAGGCGCUCCGGCGGAGGCGCGUGGAGGCGCAGGCGCCCGCGGGGCUAUCCCCCUCGCCGCGCGUCAGCCUCCGCGGGCUGGUGGUGGUCGAUUUGAUUCUCCAGUGCGAAAUGGGCAGCACAAGACCGGCAGGAGGACGGGGCGCGAGGAGUCUAAAUUCGCGAAAGGAGGCUGAGUGGCUGCUAAUCAGGUUGGCGGAUCCGCAUGGCUGCCGGCUGCGCGCUGGCUGCGGAGACUCGUGCUCUGGGGGUAGUGCAGAGGGCGCGGCGACAGACGAGAGCGUCUGGAACGGCGACAGCGACAUCUCGUGGAGUGGCGGUUUCGUCGACGUCUGCGUACCGCCUCGCCUGCUGCGCUCGCGCGUCUCCGCGCAGCGGUUUCGCACGUUGCACGUUGGCAUGAUUUUGAGUCUCGAGAAUCUUCUGCACCUGGUUUUCUCUUCUUUGUCUCCUUCGUUCGCGGCUCCGCCCGCGGCUUCGUUCCGCGCGUCCUCUCCAGCUUCUUCGGUGUCGCCUCGCGCUUCGGCUCCACGACGGCCUCUAUCGUCCUCCGCCUGCUCAGCCGCCGCGCCGGGCUCCCUCCGCGCCGCCGCCCUGCCUCCGUGGCUCCCCAGUUACCUCUCCACUUUCCUCUUCUCGCUGUCGCCGCCUCCGCAUUCGCCUCAGAUGCCUCGUCCGCUACUGCGGCACAGGAGAAGCUCUCCUGGGGGCCUGCUGCGCCGCGCCGGCGCCGCGGCAGGCGAACCACCGGAAGGGAGGCACAAAGGUGAGGCGGGCGUCGCGGGCCAGGGAGAGGCAGCAGAGGAGCAGAGCUCAGAAACUCGGCGCGGAUCGGAGGACGGUGCGGAGCGGCGUUGUGAGCCUCGGCCUCGAUUUUGGAAAGCGAGUGGCGCGCAAGGCAGCGGCGCGGCAAUCGGGGGGGCGGCGGUAAGAGGAGACGCGAGUGUGCGGCGAGAGCCCUCGCUGGCUGGGCUGGAAGGGGAGUCUCACGAGGCGCCGGGGAGAAGCAGGCGACCGCGGAGACUGCGGAGGUGUCUCGAGUGUGGAGAUCUGCUGCUGGGGAUGCAAAAGCUGAACCACAUGCAGCAAAAAGCCGUCGCAAGUCUCCUCCAGGCCGUGGAGACUCUUCCGUCCACGCGCCUGUCUGGUGCAUUUCCUUCUUCUCAGCUCGAUUCGUCGUUUCCGCGCUGCAGGGGGCCUUCGGGGUUGCCUUCCCCCGCGCGUGCCUCAGACGAGUUCGGCUCGUUCGGUUUCGAGGGAGGGCGCGAAAGAUGUGCGUCUCCUUCUCGGGCCUCCGAGGACGCGGUGAAGCAGCCCGGCGACAAGAGGCCGGCGGGGUGCCUGCAUCCAGAGGAAGAAGCGGAGGCGACGCAACCGACGCACGAAGAGCAGAAGGCGCGAGACGUCAGGCCCCCCAAACAAAGCGCAGACGCGCCAGUUGGUGAAGCCCGGUGCGAGACGCAAGGUAGCCCCGCCCGAGAGACGAUACCGUGUAACGCCGGAGGCGAGCCCGCAGAGGCAAAGCGUCUAGAAAGGCAGAGGCGAGCGGACGAGGCGCUUCUUGAGAGAGGAGAGGGGGCAGACACUGAGGGGUGCUGUGCGCCAGUGAGGACUUUCCCUGUCUUGGAUGACAAUUUUUUUCACGUUGUUCUGGAGUUCGCGUCAACGAGCGAGAUUUCUGUUGAGGGCUUUGACUCCUCUGCCCUGACUUGGGCUGCAGUCCCUUCGCAAGGUCUCUUCCUUCAGCACUCGCGUCCGCUUCCUUCCUCUGCGGUUACGUCUUCCUCUCCGUUGUCUUCUUUGUCGCCCUCUGUGCCCGGUUCCUCCUCGUCUCCUCAGGCGUCGUCGCACCCAGCCUUUGGCUCGCCUCUCGCGGCAACCCUCCCUGUCUGUCGCUUCCCGGCUCGCGCCUCCAGUCGAGGCGCUCUCAAGUUCCGGCUCUGCAUUGGCUGCGUCUGCUGCUGCUUGUGUACGAGCUGCACGCUGGUGCGCGAGCGCGUCUCUCUCACGCUGCGCGUCUCUCCCUCGCUUUCGGCGUGCCAUCCGUACGCACUGGCGCCGCAGGGCGAGCCGCUGAGCGUUCCUCCCUCUUUUCUCUUCUGCGCGCGAAACGCGAGAAGCCCCAGUGCCUCGGGCGCGCGCCGCAACCCCCGGCCGCCCCCAGGCGGGCGCCAGACUGCGGCGACGGGCGCGGAGAGAGACAAAGGCGAGGCCAACGCCGCGCUGGGUUGGUCUUCCUCGCCUCGACAGCGCUGUUAUGAGGACCGAGUGUCUUCCUCGCUUGAGCCGCCCGGCGUGUUCCAGCGUCAGGCCUCUCGCGAGCCGACGCUCGCGCCUGGGGUGCGUCUAGACGCCAUGGCUGCUGCACUCUCGCUCUCUUUUCCCUUGUCGUAUUCCCUCGUUUCGCCUCCCCAGGCGCCUGCCGCCCCUGUGGCGGUGAACAAUGAUUUCGCUGUCUCUGCGUGUGCUUCGAUUCCUCCUGGACAUGUCUCUUCGCCUCCUCCCUCUCGUUGGUGCCGCGAGUCUCUAGCUUCGUCUGGCUGCCCUGCGGCGCCGGUCUCUCGCCUCUCUUCCUCAGAGGUUCCCGCGGGCUUCCAGCCGGUCAACUGCUCGAGGCCGUGGGUCCUCGCCUGCAGUUUGGAGGCGAUUCUGCGCGUCGUAGCCUCCUUCGUCUGCUGCAGGUGUCUGCUGCCUGUGGCCUUCGAGGGCCUCUGCGCGUGCGGACUCCGCCUGCGGAAGGCCGGUCGCGGCUGCGCCAACAGUCGUCUGCUUCUCAGCAUAUUAGCCGUCGUGCAGGACUCAGCUAGCAUCCACAAAUAUCCGGUUGCCUUCCAGAACGCGACAGGUCUCGCGCUGCUGGACGGCCUGUACCGGCGGCAGUCGGGGCGACGCGAGGCGCAAAUUGACACACCGGGCGCGUGCAGAAUGUGCGGCGAGCGAGAGGCGCAAGGAAGAGGGGGGAGAGGCGGGCUGCAGCGCACGGCGGAGAUCGACGAUGAACUGGAGGCUUUGUCUGAGAGUAGAAGGCGAGAGCUUUUCGAGGCGAGUCGUUCGUUUUCCGUCCCUUCGCGGCCUGCCUUCGCCGUCCCCCCCUGCGCGGCCUCCUCCCCUCUGUCCGCCGAUGUCUCUCGCGCUGCAGCUUCCGCCGCCUCCCACCCUGCGCUGGGCCCCGUCGCUGCAGCCCGGGGCUCGUCUCCCGAGGAGGAAAGCGACGAGGAACCCCAUGACUCCGGGUUCGUCUGCAGCGGAUUAUGCGACAGCGCCGCGCGUUUGGCUGUUGGAGCAGUCGCGGAGAGUCUCCUCGCCCGCGGCAAGGCGCAGGACGUCCUCUUCGAAGGCUUGUCGUGUCCGCGCUGCCUACAGCUCGCUCCGCUGGCCUUACAGCGCGACUAUUUGGCUCCUUACUUCCCAGCGUGCUCGCGCGCCAACCGCGAGGGGCUGCCGCCAGGCGCAGACGCGCCCCACGCAGAGGAGCACCCGCGGGUGCAUCUGCUUCUGGAGGGACUCGUGCGGCGCGUCGUCGUUCCUGCGCCUGCCGCGUCUCUCCGUCGGCUCGCAGCCCCAUCCUGCGACCUGCGUGGAGCCCAACGCGCCGCAGAAACCGGCGAAGCCGCUCACGCGUGCGGUCCGGCGGCCAAGGAGAGCGGCAAGCCGCGCGAAAGUCGUCACAAACGGACUGCGGGCUUCGCGCGGUGCGGAGGCGCAGGACGCGAGCGCGGGGUGGAAGAAGGCGAGGCCGGAGUCGUCCCGGUUCUACUCUGCAUGCGAAUGAGGGAGCUUGAUGCGAGGCAAGAAGCCACGCUGCUUCUGGACUCGUGUUUCCGGGACCUGCAAGUCGGGCGUUUCUAG